GAAGUCCUUCAUGUUUGAAACUUUUUGUGAGUAGGAGUCGGGUUACAACAGGGAGAGAAGAAAACACUCAAUUAUUUACACAAUAGUACCUAAUACAACGUACAUUUACAUUAAGUAGACUGAGAAGAGCCUUUUUCUCGAGGAAAGACGAAGGUCCGAUUCAUGGAGCUGUACAUGGACUUGCUAUGGAUUGCCAUGAUGAAGACUCGAGAUUUAUCUUAGAUUAAAUUGUCUAAUUGUAGCAGUGUAACUACUCCGCGGUGUCUUGACUCACGCCCCGCAUCCGGUUUGAUUUGAAGGAAAGACGUCAUCAUGGACUCCUUCAGUACUAAGAGCCUGGCCCUUCAGGCCCAGAAGAAGCUGAUGAGCAAGAUGGCCACCAAGAGCGUGGCCAACCUGUUCAUUGAUGACACCAGCAGCGAGGUGCUGGACGAGCUCUACCGCGUCACCAAGGAGUACACACGCAACCGCAAGGAGGCCCAGAAGAUCAUCAAGAACCUCAUCAAGAUGGUGGUGAAGCUGGGCGUCCUCUACCGCAACAACCAGUUCAGUGGGGAGGAGCUGGUGCUGGUCGAGGGCUUCAGGAAGAAGGUCCACACACUGGCCAUGACAGCUGUCAGCUUCCACCAGAUCGAGUUCACAUUCGACCGGCGUGUGAUGAGCGCCAUCCUGAACGAGUGCCGUGAGCUGCUGCACCAGGCCAUCAACCGCCACCUGACAGCCAAGAGCCACUCGCGGGUCAACCACGUGUUCAACCAAUUCGCAGACUGUGACUUCCUGGCAGCUCUCUACGGCCCCUCUGAGGUGUACCGCAACCACCUGCAGAGGAUUUGCGACGGUGUCAAUAAGAUGCUGGACGAGGGCAACCUUUAACCCCCCCCCACAGGACCUUUUGACCCCUUCCCUUUGACCUUUGAGGCCUUACCUGGUGGUGUGACAUUCACCAAAUGGUUGCCUUCUUGGCUAUUUUAUUUUAUAGACAAACAUUAUGCAUAGUGGACAUUUGACAUUUUGCCCCUCCGACAUUACUGUACAACACUGAAGGAUGUUCCAGGCUAGUUAGUCCAAAGUUUCUUCUACGCCUCUUUAUUUAAAGGAACAACAUGGACAUAUUCAGUGAAUUUAUAAUACAAGCUUUUGUCAAUCAUUUCCGGACAUAGGACUUCACCAAUGCCUUGGAACUGUCUUUUCUUCAAUGGCUGUCCGUCUCCUGGAAGGUCUCCCAACCACAGCCUGAAGAUCAUAUGUACGAGUAGUCAAUUGAAUGGGCUGAAAUGUUUUUAGAGCGAAGAGGACAAUGGUAGAUGUUAACCUACUUCAGGACAACCAUAAGGAACUCUGUUGUUAGACAGGAGUGCCACUUGAGGUUAAAACAGCACUAAUUGUUUUGCAAUAACUCACGUAACAGACCAAUAAGACAGUUUCAGCAUCACAUUUACACUCCAUAUCCUAAGUAAGUCUACACUUUGUUUGGAUCAAAAUACCUUUUUCCUGCUUUGGCCCUAAUUACCUGUUUUUAUUACAAUCACACCAAAGAGCGUAUAAUUUGGGUCAUGGGGGCUAUAAACAUGGAGGAAGUUGAUUGUGCUGUGCAACCUAAUUGUCACCGAGCUGCUGACUCAUCAGCUCUUUAACUUCAUCUGAGCUGUACCGAAACCCCUACCCAGCAAACACUUUGAUUUCUGCGCAGCCGAGACCGACUCCAUAUACAGUCAUGUUAAUGACUGGAGGAUAUGGGAAAGGGAAGUAGGUUGCCUUUGUUGGUGAGGCCCAGGCUGUUUCGUCACGUAACAUAGUAUUAUGGAUUAGAGCAGAGACUAAAACAAUACCGGAUUGUUCCUUCCAUUAUUCUAUUAAUUAUUCCCUCACUCCAGGCCAAUAAUAGCCUACCUACAGCUAAUCCAUUCCAACACCCCAGCUUCCAUUUAAUGGGAUUGAGAUCACAUCUUUGCUUGGUGCACAUCCUAUUUGGGAGUGAAGUUGUUUUUUUAAUGAACAAUUUAGAUUGUUGUUUAGUUUGUUAUAUAGUACUACCCUGCACAUAAUGGAUGUUAUUUUAUUUUCUAGGCCUAUCUGUGUAUUUUUGUAUGGCUGAGCCUGUCUAGGAGACUGUCUUGCGCUGUGGCCUCAUUUAGUAUUCUCAGUGACAGCGUAUACCUGUGAGGAGCUGCAGCAGAGAGUUGUAAUGAGUGCUGUGUUCUCCAGGAUCUGCUGUCUCUCUCUCUCUCUUCAAUGUCACAGAAACCUCCCUGGUCUGUACUGUAGCAAUUCUGCCAAAGAAAGGAAAGGGAGAGAUAAGCAAUCUCGGCAGUCGCGAGAAGGACCUUUUCCAAAGGAACAUUAGGGUAAUCGGUAUGCACUUGAUUGUUUUCAAAUUUAAUUUAAAACAUUUUUUUGUUAUUCCCUCCGUUUUAUUUCAAGACGUGGUCUCAAUUUGACUUCAUCCUCCUACAUCUGGGGGAUUUGUAUUAACUGAACACUCACAGGACUAGAAAAUUGAAGUCCCAGUAUACUUGAGAUGGCUUAGUUCUUAAAUGUCAAAGAUGCUGUUCUUUCCAAUCACAACAGUUCUCAGGUUUAAGUCUCAGAGCUUGUGCUCAUGACACACUUACUAGUGUUGGACCCAAUGUUGGAGGAUUAAAUACGGACCAAUUUAUCUGCUUCAUACAUUUGACAUUAGCUCACAAAAGAUACAUUCUUUUAAGUAAUGUUGUAUUUCUACCAAUGGAUAGUGAAAUAUUUUCUGUAUUAUUUGUUAUACGCUGUUGUACAUAUGUUUGUUUUAGUGUGCCUUCUCGAUACUAGACAUGACGAAUAUACACGAUUACUCCUAUUUUUAAAUAAAUUGUUUGUCUUUUCUUGA